CAGGAAAGGGUCACAUUAGAAAUCGCUGCUGCUGGGGCUUGUCAGGUGGCUGUUGGCAGCUCGGGGUGGGAUCUUUCCUUGUUCUUUUUUUCCUUCUGUUUCUCUCUCUCCCUCUCCCUUUUUCCCUCUCAUUCUUCCCUCAGGUUAUCCACCAAGAAGAAUUCAGUACAGAAGCUUCAUUUUGGAACCCUGGGCCAGCACUUGGAUAGAGGAGGCAAGUUAUUGCCUGUGACAUCCUGUUGCAGUCAUGGCGCCCAAAAAGAAGACUGUCAAAAAGAACAAAGGAGAGGUGAAUGAGAUGACGAUAAUUGUAGAAGACAGCCCACUCAAUAAACUGAAUGCUUUAAACAGUUUCCUAGAAGGAGGCAAUGGAUUGAACUGUAUCUCAUCUGAAGUGACCGAUGCCUCCUAUGGACCCAACCUCUUGGAAGGAUUAAGCAAAAUGAGGCAGGAGAACUUCCUCUGUGACUUAAUCAUUGGCACCAAAACCAAAUCCUUCAACGUGCACAAGUCAGUGAUGGCCUCCUGUAGUGAUUAUUUUUACAACAUAUUAAAGAAGGACCCUGCCACUCAAAGAGUCGAUCUCAAUGAUGUGUCACCAGUUGGCCUGGCUACUGUGAUUACAUAUGCCUAUACUGGAAAGCUGACUCUUUCCUUGUACACAAUAGGAAGCAUCAUUUCUGCUGCUGCCUACCUUCAGAUCCACACCCUUGUGAAGAUGUGCAGUGACUUUCUGAUACGAGAAAUCAAUGUUGAGAAUUGUAUGUAUGUUGCUAACAUAGCAGAGACCUAUAACUUAAAAACCACUAAAGCAGCUGCCCAGAAAUUUAUCCGGGAUAACUUCAUCGAGUUUGCAGAAACUGACCAGUUCCUAAAACUUACUUUUGAGCAGAUCAAUGAACUCCUGGUAGAUGACGACCUGCAGCUGCCUUCUGAGGUAGUCGCAUUCCAGAUUGCAACCAAAUGGUUAGAAUUUGACCAAAAGAGAGUAAAGUAUGCUGCUGAUCUCUUGAGCAACAUUCGCUUUGGUACCAUUUCCGCUCAAGACCUAGUCAACUAUGUUCAAUCUGUACCCAGGAUGAUGCAAGAUGCAGAAUGUCACAAGCUUCUUGUGGAUGCCAUGAAUUAUCACCUACUUCCCUAUCACCAAAACACAUUGCAGUCUAGGCGCACCAGAAUCCGAGGGGGCUUUCGAGUUCUAGUCACUGUUGGGGGACGGCCUGCUCUCACUGAAAAGUCCCUUAGUAGAGAUGUCUUGUACAGGGACCCUGAGAAUGGAUGGAGCAAGCUUACAGAAAUGCCUGCCAAGAGUUUUAAUCAGUGUGUGACUGUGAUGGAUGGAUUUCUGUAUGUAGCUGGGGGAGAAGACCAGAAUGAUGCAAGGAACCAAGCCAAGCAUGCAGUCAACAAUUUCUGCAGAUAUGACCCACGUUUUAACACUUGGAUACACCUGGCAAGCAUGAACCAGAAACGCACUCAUUUCAGCCUCAACGUGUUCAAUGGGCUUCUUUUUGCAGUAGGUGGACGCAACUCAGAAGGCUGCCUGUCUUCCAUUGAAUGUUACGUGCCUUCCACAAAUCAGUGGCAGAUGAAGAAGUCUCUGGAAGUGGCAAGAUGCUGCCACGCCAGUGCUGUUGUCGAUGGCAAGAUCCUAGUGACGGGAGGCUACAUCAAUAGCGCUUAUUCCCGUUCAGUGUGUAUGUAUGACCCUGCUAACGAUGACUGGCAAGAUAAGUCUAUCCUUAGCACUCCAAGAGGCUGGCACUGCGCCAUCUCUAUCAGUGAGAGGGUCUAUGUAAUGGGGGGGAGCCAGGUAGGGCCCAGAGGGGAAAGGGUGGACGUGAUCCCGGUCGAGUGCUACAAUCCUUAUACAAGUCAGUGGAGUUAUGUAGCUCCUCUUCAGACUGGAGUCAGCACAGCCGGGGCUUCAACACUCAAUGGUAGGAUUUACUUGGUGGGAGGCUGGAAUGAAAUAGAAAAGAAAUACAAGAAGUGCGUCCAGUGCUUCAAUCCCGACCUUAAUGAAUGGAUUGAGGACGAUGAGUUGCCAGAAGCAACUGUGGGAGUAUCAUGCUGUACUCUUUCUAUGCCUAACAAUAUGGCCCGGGAAUCCAGGGCAAGCUCAGUGUCCUCCGUACCAGUCAGCAUUUAAAUGUAGUGAGAAUGAAGAGAAAAGAUGCAAUUGAAUAGCUAUGUUAUUAACCCUUUGGCCAC